AUGGCUGGAGAUCACGCUUGCCUAGGACUGCUUGCCCCUUUCUGGCUCUGCCUGGUGGGGGGCUUGCUCCUCUAUUCCCCUGUGUGGACCUUCAACUUGCACACCGAUAAUCCCACAUUCUUCUCUGGACCCAACAGAAGCUAUUUUGGGUUUGCCUUGGACUUCUACCAGGACAGUAAAGGCAGCAUGAAUGUGGUUGUGGGGGCCCCUCGGGCCAACACGUCACAGCCUGGAGUGAUGGAGGGAGGCGCAGUCUACCUGUGUCCCUGGAAUCCCGGUGGUAGCCCCUGCACCCCAGUUCAGUUUGAUACCAAAGGGGACCGCACAGGCAAACGUGAAACCACUACUAUGCAAACAUUCAAAUCCAAGCAGUGGUUUGGAGCAUCUGUCCGCACCUGGAAAGACAACAUCCUGGCCUGUGCCCCUCUGCUGCACUGGAAUGCCCUUGUUGGCAAGGAGGAGGCCACCAAGACCCCCGUGGGCAGCUGCUUUGUGGCCACAAGGAGCCUGCAGCACUUUGUCGAAUAUUCACCGUGCCGUGACAUCCAAGUCCACUCCGGGUACAGGGCUCGGGGUUUUGGUGAGUACAGAAACGACAAGCGCUACUGUGAAGUUGGAUUCAGCUCUGCCAUCUCUGAGUCUGGGAGGCUGUUGCUGGGAGCACCAGGUGGAUAUUACUUUGCAGGUCUGAUCUACUCGGUCAACCUCUCAGCGGUGGUCGCGAGCUUCCCCAAGUCUCCUCUCUUGCUGUGGACAGUUGGGUUAGAGCAAGUAACAGCCGACUACAUCGACAGAAGCUAUGACGACGGAUACCGCGGGUAUUCAGUGGCGUUUGGGGAGUUUAAUGAAGAUUCACGAUCACCAGAAUAUGUGGUGGGCGUUCCGAACAAAAGUCUAACAAAAGGAGUGGUUGAAAUUUUGUCCUUCAGGCAAGUCAUACGGACCAUCCCCAGUGAACAGAUGGCAUCGUAUUUUGGGCACACGGUUGCGGUGGCUGAUAUCAAUGGAGAUGGGAAAGACGACAUUCUUGUGGGGGCCCCCCUCUUCAUGGAGCGCCGCUCAGACAGCAAACUCUACGAAGUGGGAAGAGUAUACUUGUACCUGCAGCGGAACACCCCCCAGGCUUACAGUGUCCCCUGGCAGAAACUGACUGGCAUGGAUGUCUAUGGGCGCUUUGGCAUGGCGAUUGCACCCCUGGGCGACAUGGACCAGGAUGGAUACACAGAUAUAGCUAUAGGAGCGCCCUUCGCUGGCCAGGAUGGGGGUGGCCGUGUGUACAUCCACCGUGGGCAGAGUGAUGGUCUGAGUGCAGCUCCUGACCAGAUCAUCGAAAAUCCUUUUGCUGGACACGCUGGCUUUGGUUUUGCCGUGCGCGGAGCCUCGGACAUUGACGCUAACGGCUACCCUGAUGUGUUGGUUGGGGCAUUUGAAGCCAGUAAGGUGGCUGUGUACAGAGCCCGACCUGUGGUGGUGAUGAAGGCCCUUGUGGUGGUGCCAGAGGCGUUGAACCCGGAGCAGAAAAGCUGCACUGUGUCGAAAAUGAACGUCAGCUGCUUCACCAUCCAGAUGUGUGUCGGAGUGUCGGGGAAAAACAUACCCCCCCAAAUGGGCCUGGAAGCAGAGCUGCAGUUGGACAGCAUGAAGCAGAAGUUUUGGCGACGGGUUUUCCUGGAGCAAACCAGCCAGUCGAGCCAGGUGUUCCCUCUGGAACUGUCAGGAAAAGUGUCCCAAACCUGCCGAAACAUCACUGCCUACCUGCGGGACGAGGGGGAUUUCAAGGACAAACUGAGCCCCAUUGUGGUCAGCUUCAACUUCAGUUUGGGGUCAGCGUUCGACGUGGGGAAGCUGGCGCCUGUACUCUCAGGCCAAACGAUGAUCCGGGAGCAGACCCGUAUCAUUUUGGAUUGUGGAGAGGACAGCAUUUGUGUCCCGGACCUCAAUUUGUUUGUUUGCACGGAUGAAGAUUACCUCCUUAUUGGGGCGGAAAAUGUGGUGCUCAUCCAGGCAACAGCGGUGAAUGCUGGCGAAGGGGCCUACGAGGCCGAACUGGUAGUGGAGCUGCCGAGGGGAGCGUACUUCCAGACGGCUCACAGCAACUCACAGAAGCUGAUUUGCAAUUCCCGCAAGGAAAAUGAGACCCGUCUGGUGGCUUGCGAAAUGGGCAACCCUAUGAAAUCCAACACUGAGAUCAAGGUGGACAUGGAAAUAAGUGUCAGUCAACUGGAAGAGGCUGGUGACUAUGUUGUUUUCAGGAUGCAGCUAAAGAGCAAGAACAGAGACAACCCAAACAGCAACAUGUCACUGCUUCAAGUGCUGGUCAAGGCUGCCUCAAGGAUGGAGCUUCGGGGGAAUUCUGCCCCAGCCAGCAUUCUGCUCCCACUGGUCACCGGCGACGCCAAGAACGAGAGCAAGGGAGUGGAUGACUACGGGCCCCGAGUGGAGCACAUUUAUCAGUUGCAGAAUGAAGGUCCAAGUUCUGUUUCUGGGGCUGAGCUUCAUGUGAACUUUCCCAGUCGUUUUCAGGGAAGCUUCUUACUCUACAUCACAAAGGUGACCACAGAAGGCAGCAUCAGCUGCUCUCCCUCCAACGAGACUAAUCCCCUGGAGCUGGAGGUGGAGAAGCCCACAGCGGCCCACAGCCACAAUGGGACUGUUCAGCCAUCACGAGGGCGUGAGAAACGUGAUGCGACUGUGGAGGCUGACCCAGCAGUGAUACAGGGACCCGUUGUGGUGAACUGUAGCAGUCAGGCUUGUGCUGCCAUCCUCUGCCAGGUGGGGGCGCUGGAGAAGGGGCAGGGGGCUUCUGUCACGAUCCAUGCAGUGCUGUGGCUGCAGAGUUUCCAGGAGCGUCCCCUGGAGCACUUCUUCAUCCAAUCCCAGGCCUGGUUCCGUGCUUUAGGGAUGCCAUAUCGUAUACAGCAGGAAAUUCUACCAAAUGGGACCUCCCUGGCAGAGACAUUGGUAGAGAGGCUGAAUCCUGCUGCCGAGAAGAACAUCCCUGUCUGGUGGAUUGUAGCAGCUGUGUUGACCGGCCUUUUUCUUCUUGCUGCCUUCAUUGUCCUGUUUUGGAAGACUGGUUUUUUCAAGAGAACACGCCCUCCCACAGAGGAUGAGGAGGAACUGGCAAAUGACCCCCAAACAUAA